UGUAUUGAAGUAGUAAAUCCAAAGAACUUUUUCUGCUUGUAUUUAAUUCAACUUAUUCAGUGAAAUAUUUCGUGUGAUUGCAUAAAAUUGUAAAAUGAAUUUCAUUCCAAACAAUGAUGAUCUUUUCAUCCAUUUUGGUCAACUUCAAUUGUUUUCGCUUAUGGGGCGAGUUCAAGUGAGUCCACAAGAAUAUUACAUACUAAUGCCGCAGAAAAUACGUGGUAGCGACGAACUUCUUAGUCAAGCAGCAAUCAUGGCCCCGGCUUCAGAUAAUAAUAAUCAAGACUUAGCCACGAAGAAAGCCAAAUUGGAAACAAAUGCUGUAUUAGCUACAGUUGGCAAACCAUCUAAGGUUAUACAUUUGCGUAACAUUCCAAGUGAAUCCAGUGAACCUGAUGUCAUUUCAUUAGGCAUACCAUUUGGACGAGUUACAAAUGUUCUUGUUCUUAAAGGUAAAAAUCAAGCAUUCUUAGAAAUGGCCGAUGAAACCUCUGCCACAACUAUGGUUACCUCCUAUGCACUUAAUCCACCACAAAUGCGAGGACGCAUGGUUUAUGUACAAUUUUCAAAUCAUCGUGAAUUGAAAACCGAUCAAAAUCAUGGAAAUACUGGUGUACAAUCUGAUUAUCGUAUGCAGUCACCAGCUGGUGGUUCUCCAUUGCCAAUCUGUGGCACAGCUGAUGGCACUGUAGCCCUAAUCACACAUAAUGCUAACUCAAAUGGUGCCAAUGCUGGCGGUCCAAAUACUGUACUUCGUGUCAUUAUCGAAACUAUGGUAUAUCCAGUAUCAUUGGAAAUUCUACAUCAAAUAUUCCAACGUUUUGGUAAAGUGCUUAAAAUUGUCACAUUUACAAAGAACAGUUCAUUCCAGGCUCUCAUACAAUAUCCUGAUGCUAAUUCAGCACAACAUGCCAAAGCCAUAUUGGAUGGCCAAAAUAUUUAUAAUGGCUGCUGCACUUUACGCAUUGACAAUAGCAAAUUGACAGCAUUGAAUGUCAAAUAUAAUAAUGAGAAAUCGCGUGAUUUCACAAAUCCAUCAUUGCCUCCAGGUGAACCAGGUGCUGACAUAAUGCCAACUGCUGGUGGUUUGGUUAAUGCAAAUGAUUUGUUGCUAAUUGCAGCCCGACAGCGACCCUCUUUAACAGGUGAUAAAAUAGUUAAAAAUCAAAAAUAUUUGACUUACUUUACAGUCAAUGGGCUCGGUCAACCUGGAGUUAUUCCACCAUUUGCGCUUAGUAUUGGUACUCCACUCGGUGGUGGUUAUAGCAGUGCUCUACCAAGUUUAAGUGCAUUCGCUUUGGCUAACAGUGGUGCACUACAAACAGCUACGCCAGCCUUACGUGGACUGUCCAAUGUGCUACUCGUAUCGAAUUUAAAUGAAGAGAUGGUCACGCCUGAUGCUCUAUUUACCCUCUUUGGUGUUUAUGGCGAUGUGCAACGCGUAAAAAUUUUAUACAAUAAAAAGGAUUCAGCACUCAUACAGAUGGCAGAGCCACAACAAGCUUACUUGGCAAUGAAUCACUUGGACAAGAUACGUUUAUGGGGCAAAGCGAUACGUGUUAUGGCCAGCAAACAUCAGGCAGUUCAGCUACCUAAAGAAGGGCAACCCGAUGCUGGACUUACACGUGACUAUUCCCAGAAUCCAUUACAUAGAUUUAAGAAGCCUGGCAGCAAAAACUAUCAAAAUAUUUAUUCACCAUCGGCAACAUUGCAUUUGAGUAACAUUCCCUCCUCCUGCACUGAGGAAGACAUCAAGGACGCUUUUACCUCUAACAACUUUGAAGUUAAAGCUUUCAAAUUUUUCCCCAGUAAGGAUCGCAAAAUGGCUUUACUGCAGUUGGCAUCGGUUGAGGAAGCUGUUUUGGCUCUCAUCAAAAUGCACAAUCAUCAGUUAUCGGAGUCGAAUCACUUACGUGUUUCGUUCUCGAAAUCUAAUAUUUAAGUUGAACGGUUUCUUAACCACUAAAAACAAAAAAAAAACAACUAUAACAAAAAUAACAACAAAAACAACAACAAAAGAACAAAAAAAUAUCAACUUUAAUAAGCAGAACUGAUCGAGAUGCACAACAAUUUCCACCCAAAAUCAGAAAUCAGCAAAAAAAAUAUUCAAAGUCAACAACAACAACAACAACAAUUAGCAGAGAAAUUCAAUAGAAAAA